UGCUCUCUUUAACCCCGUUUUUGGUCUAUAUAUAUCCCUUUCUGUUUCAUCUCCUUCAUUAUCUUCCAAAAACAAAAACAGAAGAAAAACCCCAUUUCAUCAUUUUAUAUGUUGGGGAAGAAAUUUAAGAGACGAUUGAUAUAGAGGAAGAGAAAAGUGAUGCAUAGGUGCAGUAGCUCUCAGGGUAACAUGGUGGGGCCAUGUUCAUGUGGUAUGUUUCACCACCACAGCCAAAGCAACUCAUCAUCCUUCUCAAUGCUAUUUUCAAUGCCCAACAACCACAAGCCGUUUGAUCAUCAUCAAUACGAGCCUGAUCAUCAUCACAUGUAUUCCUUUGGCUCUCCUCCUUCCUCGUCGUCCGUGGACUGCACUCUCUCCCUCGGAACCCCCUCCACUCGCCUCUGCUCGGAAGACGCCGUCGACGUCGAGAAGCGAACCCGCCACGGCGUUUCCAACUUCUGCUGGGACUUGUUGCAGUCCAAGCACUCUUCUUCCGCCGCCCAAACGACAUCCCACAAAAACGGCCGUGGUGGGAAUAAUAACAACACUAGCGGAAACAAUAGCAACAAUGAUCCUCUUCUUGCUCGCCGCUGCGCAAACUGCGACACCACCUCAACUCCUCUCUGGAGAAACGGCCCCAGAGGUCCCAAGUCGCUUUGCAAUGCUUGCGGGAUUCGGUUCAAGAAGGAAGAAAGGAGAGCAAGCGCGGCGGCGGCGAACGGAGGGGGUUCAGGAGUUGUAUUAGAGCCAAGCCACAUGUUCAGCAGCAACCAAUAUCACAACAAUCCGUGGAACAAUUUCCCUCACUCGCAGACGCAGAAAAUGCCUUGCCUAUCUUCAGCCAACGAAUUCAGGUUCAUGGACGAUAACGAUCACAAUCAUCAGUACGACUCCGACACGACCGGCAUUUCGUUCCUCUCUUGGCGACUCAACGUCACCGACCGACCUAGCCUUGUUCAUGACUUCACCAGAUGAAAACGGAAAGGAAGAGAAGAACUUGAACGGUCCAGAUCAUCGUAUAUUGUUGAUGAAUAUGGUGGUCAAGAUGAAUAUUUAGUUAUUUAAUUAAUUUUACUCUUAUUACAAAAGAGAAAAGAUCAAGAACGUAUCACGAUGAUCAUGAUAUGGUGAUGGUUAUGAUCCGUCAUGGUCUUCAUCUCAGUGCUCAGCUGAUGAUCAG